AAUGGGGCAAGAAAACUGAAGAGCUUAGGAAAAAUCUCGGAUCGGAAUGGCUCGAGGGAAGAUCCAGAUCAAGCUCAUUGAGAACUCCACGAACCGCCAGGUUACCUAUUCUAAGCGUCGGAACGGUCUGUUCAAGAAGGCAAGCGAGCUGACCGUUCUCUGCGAUGCUAAGGUCUCGAUUAUCAUGAUUUCCAGCACGGGAAAGCUCCAUGAGUACAUCAGUCCCACCGUCACGACAAAGGAGUUAUUUGAUCAGUACCAGAAGACGACGGGGAAGGAUCUCUGGAGCACUCACUAUAAGGCUAUGGAAGAGCAAUUGGAGAAAGUGAAAGAGGUGAACAGGAAGCUGAGGAGGGAAAUAAGGCAGACGAUGGGUGAAAGCUUGAAUGAUCUUGAAUUAGAGGAUGUUCUUCAUCUGGUGGAAGAUUGCGAGGCUUCUUUGAAGCUUAUUCGUGAUCGAAAGAUUAAGGUGAUUAGCAAUCAGAUUGAAACUUCCAAGAAAAAAGUAAGGAAUGUGGAAGACAUACACAAAAAACUCUUACAUGAGCUUGAAUUAAGAGGAGAAGAUCCACAGUAUGGGCUAGUUGAUGAUGGAGGGGAUUAUGACAUUAUUGGAUACCACAAUGAAGGUCCUCGCAUAUUUGCUUUUCAUCUGCAGCCUAACCAACAGUGUCUUCACAAUGGAGCAGGGUCAGACCUGACAACCUAUCACCUGCUUGAGUAGUAGCAUCUUACAGGAUCCUUAGACAAAUAUUCCACUUAUUUUCAUGAAUAAAAAUGUAUUUGUCGUAAUAUUCUUAGAAACACACGCAUGUAUGUCUAGGUUUUACUUUCUCUAGCUUUGACCUUUCAGGUUUCAUUACUGCUUUCCCUAUCCGUGGAGAACUUGAAGUCUUCUUAAUUAGUUUCCUUUAUUAAUGGUAUUAUUAUGUCCAAGUAAGAUUUUAAUGCAGAUAUAGUUGCUUCUAUUCAUAACCCAUGGCUUGCACUCAA